AUGAUCUCUGAAUCCAAAAUCACCGGUGCUGGCUACAUUACCUUGAAUGUCAUCCGGGUCCUCAACAUCAUCUCUCUCCUUCUCGUGGUCGUCGCAAGUUGGAUCAUGCUCGUCAUGACCGUCAAGACUUCAAGUUUCUACUUCUUCGAUGCCGUCUCCCACUUCAUCACCAGCACCGUGGGUCUCUUCCUCAUCGUGUCCGAGCUCACUCUCUUCCGCUCCUACUUCGUCGCCUUCUGGCCCUUGCUCAGUCUCGAGUCUGGCUUCGUCUUUCUCGGCGCGGCCAUGAUGGUCUUGGGCUUCAACACCCUGGGUAACCUCAACAAGGCCGCUACCAGCGUGGAGAACCUGGGUCUGCCCAUGUGGAGAACCGUCAUUGCAUCGGGCAUCCUCACGUCUAUCAUGGGCUUCUCCAAUAUCGUUGCCACCUACGUUUUCUGCGACUCCAAACUUGGCAUCACCGGCCGCCAAGUCCGCAGCCAGGGUGCAUCCAUUCCCAAAGACGCUGGCACCAAGAGCUUCAGUCUCUCCAGCGGCUCCCCUCGGGCCAGCUGCUCCGUCAACCCGAGCCUCCCCAGCUACAACGCCCCGGCCGACCGCCAAAAAUCCCGCUUCUCAUUCCGACUUCCAAUCCGCAGCUCCAGAUUCGAAAUCUCGAGACCCGUGGUGCAAGACCCGGAGCAGUUCGCCAAGUGGGAUGCAUCGCGCAGCUCGCCUAUUGCGCCCGAUGUCCAGCGUCCCCCGACCGCGCUGCACCCGUAUCACCAAGGCGUCGUCAACCCCCCGCCUCCUCCUCCUCCUUCGUCCAGAUACAGCGAGGUCAGCAACAUGACGCGGUUCACCCGGUUCUAG